GGGCCACGUGAGGGCUGCGCUGGGUGCGCGGGGCGAGCUGCGCCGGCAGCGCUCCGCGGGCUCUCAGAACGCUGGGCACCGGCCGGGCUGUGGUCCUCGCGCGCCGCCGCCGCCUCUGGAGCGGGCUCGGCUCACACCGACCGUCGGCCGGGGAGAUGUGAGCCGGGGCCGGUGGGCGCGGCCGGACCGCCGCGAUGUGGCUCAAGCCCGAGGAGGUGCUGCUGAAGAACGCGCUGAAGCUCUGGGUGACCCAGAAGAGCAGCUGCUACUUCAUCCUGCAGCGGCGCCGCGGGCACGGCGAGGGGGGCGGCCGCCUCACCGGUCGCCUGGUCGGCGCUCUGGAUGCAGUGUUGGAUUCCAAUGCACGGGUCGCUCCAUUUCGAAUUCUGCUUCAAGUUCCCGGCUCCCAGGUUUACUCUCCAAUAGCAUGUGGUGCAACAUUAGAGGAAAUCAACCAGCACUGGGACUGGCUGGAACAAAAUCUCCUUCACACCUUGUCCGUCUUUGAUAAUAAAGAUGACAUUGCCAGUUUUGUCAAAGGGAAGGUAAAGGCUCUGAUAGCCGAGGAGACCAGCAGCAGGCUCGCCGAGCAGGAGGAAGAACCCGAGAAAUUCCGAGAAGCCCUGGUGAAGUUUGAGGCCAGGUUCAACUUUCCCGAGGCAGAGAAGCUGGUCACCUACUACUCCUGCUGCUGUUGGAAGGGCAGGGUGCCCCGCCAGGGCUGGCUGUACCUCAGCAUCAACCACCUCUGCUUCUACUCCUUCUUCCUGGGCAAGGAACUUAAACUUGUAGUUCCGUGGGUUGAUAUCCAGAAAUUAGAAAGAACGUCCAAUGUCUUUCUGACGGAUACCAUCCGAAUCACCACGCAGAAUAAGGAGCGUGACUUCUCCAUGUUCCUGAACCUGGAUGAGGUGUUUAAGGUCAUGGAGCAGCUGGCCGAUGUGACGCUGCGAAGGCUGCUCGAUAAUGAGGUCUUUGACCUCGACCCGGAUCUGCAGGAGCCGAGUCAGAUCACCAAGAGAGACCUGGAAGCCAGAGCACAGAAUGAGUUCUUCCGGGCUUUCUUCAGGUUGCCGAGGAAGGAAAAGCUGCACGCGGUUGUGGACUGCUCGCUCUGGACGCCGUUCAGUCGCUGUCACACCGCGGGGCGGAUGUUCACCUCUGACAGCUACAUCUGCUUUGCCAGCAGAGAAGACGGCUGCUGUAAGAUCGUCCUGCCACUCAGAGAGGUGGUGAGCAUCGAGAAGAUGGAGGACACGAGCCUGCUGCCACACCCCAUCAUCGUCAGCAUCAGAAGCAAGGUGGCCUUCCAGUUCAUCGAGCUCCGGGACCGAGACAGCCUGGUGGAGGCAUUGCUUGUGAGGUUGAAGCAGGUCCAUGCCAACCACCCCGUGCACUACGACACCUCUGCGGAUGAUGACAUGGCGUCACCCGUGUUGCAUUCAACAAGCAUGUGCGGUGAUCACAGGUUUGGGGAUCUUGAAAUGGUGUCUUCUCAAAGUAGCGAGGAGAGUGAAAAAGAGAAGAGCCCGCUGCUGCACCCCGAUGCCCUGGUCACUGCCUUCCAGCAGUCAGGCAGCCAGAGCCCCGACUCCCAAAUGUCCAGAGAACAGAUAAAAAUAAGCCUGUGGAAUGACCACUUUGUGGAAUACGGCAGAACCGUGUGUAUGUUUCGCACAGAGAAGAUUCGGAAGCUCGUAGCCAUGGGCAUCCCUGAAUCUUUGCGUGGGAGACUUUGGCUUCUCUUCUCAGAUGCUGUGACGGACCUCGCCUCACACCCUGGUUACUACGGGAAUCUGGUGGAGGAGUCCCUGGGGAAGUGCUGCCUGGUAACCGAGGAGAUAGAACGAGACCUGCACCGCUCACUGCCGGAGCACCCCGCCUUCCAGAACGAAACGGGGAUCGCUGCUUUGAGGAGAGUCUUGACCGCCUAUGCCCACCGGAACCCCAAGAUUGGAUACUGCCAGUCCAUGAACAUCCUGACCUCCGUGCUGCUGCUGUACGCCAAGGAGGAGGAAGCCUUCUGGCUGCUCGUUGCCGUGUGUGAGCGGAUGCUGCCUGAUUACUUCAACCACCGAGUGAUCGGGGCGCAAGUGGACCAGUCUGUCUUCGAGGAGCUCAUCAAGGGUCACCUCCCGGAGCUGGCGGAGCACAUGAACGACCUCUCAGCCCUGGCAUCCGUCUCUCUGUCGUGGUUCCUGACCCUGUUCCUCAGCAUCAUGCCUCUAGAGAGUGCGGUGAAUGUGGUAGAUUGCUUCUUCUAUGAUGGCAUCAAAGCCAUCUUCCAACUGGGACUGGCUGUGCUUGAGGCCAAUGCUGAGGACCUGUGCAGCAGCAAGGACGAUGGCCAGGCCUUGAUGAUCCUCAGCAGGUUUCUAGAUCACAUUAAGAAUGAGGACAGCCCAGGGCCCCCAGUUGGCAGCCACCAUGCCUUUUUCUCCGACGACCAGGAGCCCUACCCCGUGACUGACAUUUCAGACCUGAUCCGGGAUUCCUAUGAGAAAUUUGGAGACCAGUCUGUGGAGCAGAUCGAACACCUGCGUUACAAGCACAGGAUCAGGGUUCUCCAGGGCCACGAGGACACCACAAAGCAGAAUGUGCUUCGAGUCGUUAUCCCGGAAGUCUCAAUUCUUCCUGAAGACCUGGAGGAGCUCUAUGACUUAUUCAAGAGAGAACACAUGAUGAGCUGUUACUGGGAACAGCCCAGGCCCAUGGCCUCACGCCACGACCCCAGCCGGCCCUACGCCGAGCAGUACCGCAUAGACGCCCGGCAGUUUGCACACCUGUUUCAGCUAGUCUCACCCUGGACCUGUGGGGCCCACACGGAGAUCCUUGCUGAAAGGACGUUCAGGCUCUUGGAUGACAACAUGGACCAGCUCAUCGAGUUCAAAGCGUUUGUGAGCUGCCUCGAUAUUAUGUAUAAUGGAGAAAUGAAUGAGAAAAUUAAACUAUUAUACAGGCUUCAUAUCCCUCCAGCACUCACUGAAAAUGACCGAGACAGCCAGUCGCCAUUGAAGAAUCCUCUGUUGUCAACGUCGAGACCCCUGGUUUUCGGGAAACCCAAUGGUGAUGCAGUUGAUUAUCAGAAACAGCUGAAGCAAAUGAUUAAGGAUUUAGCCAAAGAAAAAGAUAAAACCGAGAAAGAAUUGCCCAAAAUGAGCCAGAGGGAAUUUAUCCAGUUCUGUAAAACUCUGUACAGUAUGUUCCAUGAAGAUCCAGAAGAAAACGAUUUGUACCAAGCCAUCGCGACAGUCACCACGCUGCUGCUGCAGAUCGGAGAGGUGGGGCAGCGAAGCAGCAGCUCUGGAAGCUGCUCCCAGGAGUGUGGGGAGGAGCUGCAGGCCUCAGCUCCUUCUCCUGAGGACUCGGUUUUUGCAGACACUGGAAAGACACCCCAGGAAUCCCAGGCAUUUCCAGAGGAGGCAGAAGCGGACUGGACUGUGUCCCUUGAACAUAUUUUAGCUUCACUUCUGACUGAACAAUCAUUAGUAAACUUUUUUGAAAAGCCACUGGACAUGAAAUCCAAACUUGAAAAUGCCAAGAUCAAUCAGUACAAUCUCAAAACUUCUGAAAUGAGCCACCAAUCACAGUCUGAACUUAAGCUGAGUAACUUGUAGCAAGAUAGCAGCUGCUAUGUACACUGGAGUCUGCCAUACCAAAGUACGGACCAGUCUGUUUCUUGGGGUCAGCCCUAAACUGAGAUUUCAGUCUACUUUACAAAUGGGGCAUCUGGAUAAACAACCUGACAAACUGGCUAGGGGAACCGACACAACCCUCAAGCAUUUCUAUGUAUUCUUUGAGAAUUGUAGCACCCUAGGGUAUCUACAUUGGUUCACUUGAUGCCAACUUGCAAUUUUUACCAGAUUGGCUGAAAUGGGCACUUCUGUGAUGCUAGAUGCUAGUGUGAUUUUGCUCAGAUGAACACAAUGUGUCAUACUAACCAAGAAGCAAGAGAAGCCCCACACUUUCGUUUUUCACUUGGAAUGACAAUGGGAGCGGUUAGGAAAUCAAGUUCACCUUCAAGAUCUAAGGGAGUCCACUAUCUGUGCAAUUGUAUUUGGCUUUUUUUUGCACUGUUUCAAUGCUGGUAAUUGAAACCAUUUUAAUAUAUUUGGUUGUAUUCACUUUAUAUGUCCUUCCAAAAAUGUGUACAAACCAUGCUUUCAAUGUUGGCCUCCAAGUUUUUUUAAUAAGAAACUUUUUGUAUUUA